GAUUCUUUUGUGAAUCAGUCGAUGAGCGGGGUGUCAUGGCCGAUCAGGUGAAGACUCUGGUCUGUGGUAAAUGGUUAGCUGAAGCGCUGAAAAACAAGCGCGUGGGACCGAGUUUGCGGGUUCUGGACGCCUCGUGGUACUUACCGAAACUAAAACGGGACGCGCGUGAGGAGUUCGCGCAGCGCCACAUCCCGGGCGCGUCGUUCUUCGACAUAGACGAGUGCUGCAACAGGUCGUCCCCGUAUGAUCACAUGCUGCCCGGGGAGGACGAGUUCGCCGACUACGUGGGAAAUCUGGGCGUCGGGAACGACACGCACGUGGUCGUGUACGACUGCAGCGACUUCGGCUCGUUCGCUGCGCCGCGCGUGUGGUGGAUGUUCCGCUUCUUCGGUCACCGGUCCGUGUCGGUGCUGAACGGCGGGAUGAAGAACUGGCUGCACGAGGGCCACCCGGUCACAGACCUGCUCUCCGCACCGGAGCGCCCGCAGUUCAGGGCCGAGAGGAACGCGGCGUGGGUGAAAACGUACGAAGACGUCCUGCAGAACCUCACCAACCGGAAGUUCCAGCUGGUAGACACGAGAGUGGAAGGACUGUUCCGGGGGCUCGAGCCUGAACCGCGAGAAGGCACGGAACCCGGUCACAUCCCGGGCAGCAUCAACAUGCCCUUUCCUUCUUUCAUGGAUUCUUCAGGACUGGAGCGUCCGGUGGAGGAGCUAAAGGAGAUGUUCCGAAAUGCAAGCGUCGACCUUCAGAAGCCCUUCUGGGUGACGUGUGGUUCGGGGGUCACAGCCUGCCACAUCGUGCUCGCAGCACACCUGUGUGGACACCCGGACGUGUGCCUGUACGAUGGCUCGUGGUACGAGUGGUUCUCCAGGGCGGCGCCGGAGCACGUCGUCUCUGAGGGGAAAGGAAAAAAGCAGCGGUGUGAUCUGAGGAUGAUAUCCACUGACCAAUUAGAGCGCAGGACACAAAACAAGGGAGAUGGAUGGAGAGAAACUUCAUAAACUGGAAGCUGCAGAAGGCUCUGAGAGAAAUGGGACAGAAGAACAUGGCUAAAUGAGAGCCAUGUCAGACACACUCAUCACAUCAACACCAUCCUCCAUCAGCUGCUCUCAGAUAAAGCCACAGUCUGUGCUUUUACUAUAUUGAGCAGUAAAAGUGCUGAAGUAACAGAAUAGUGACUAUAUUGAGCAGUAAAC